CGCAGAAGCGACUCUUUAGAGAGAGAGAGAGAGAGAGAGAGAGAGGCAAUCUCUAUUUUAUCUGGCAUGGGAUUGGAGGAAAGAUUUGCAGAGCUACACGUCGAUAAAGAAAAAGCUCCAGAGACAUGGAGUAUUUGCAAGCAUGCCUUUUGUGAUCUGACAUGUAUUUCUCCACUGGUGUUUUUGUACCUCCUGAAAGGAUGUUAUAUUCAUGGGACAUGUAAGGCGACCAAGAAGUUCCGAGCUCUUCAACAACAGGUCCAUCUAGUAUUACACAAUAGCCCGCCGCAUGGACCAGCUAUAUUUGUUGUUCAGUGCCUCUACCUCUUGCCCAUGUUUGGAUCAUAUUGUGACGGAUUCAGUCAUUUGAUAAUAUCUGCUCUUCGUCGUUUUUUGAAAGUUGCAACCAUAUCUGAUGAGGACUUGGCAGAAGCAAAAGAUCUAGCUGCCCAGUUAUUUCUUAAUAUUGUUAAGGGUUCUGUUAAUCAUGAGGAGGGGGUAGUCGUGAAGGUGCUUGAAGCCUUUAAUGUUCAAUUGACAAACAUUGAGAAAGUAAUGUGCCCAUUGAAGGCAAAAGAUAAUUGUAGUAUUGACACGGCAAAAACAUUUGUCGAGCGAUACAUAAUUGAAUUGAUAGAAUGCCAGUCUUAUAUGACUGCAGUUACUCUCUUGGAGCACUUUUCAAUCCGCCAGUCUGGCCAGUCUUUUCUUCUUAGUAUGAUGCAGAUCAAACAAUUCAAAGCAGCAGAAAAGUGGGCAACUUUCAUGGGGAAGCCCUUGUUAUGUGUUCUUGUCCAGGAGUAUGCUAACAGGAACAUGCUAAGCAAUGCUUACCAGACUAUAAAGAAAAACAAUCUUCGGCAGGAUUUUCCCGAUAUUUAUCAUAAAUGCAAAGAGAGUUUCAUAUGCUCUAUCCACGCUUUCCACAAGUCAUCAGAUGAGAAUUGUCCACCUACUCGCAGCUCGCUAAAGAAAUUGGUGGAAAAAGGAUGCUGGGUUGUUGCAGAAGUCCAAACAAACAAGGACAGACAACUGCUUGAAUAUUUGGUUUAUUUGGCAAUGGAAGCUGGUUACAUGGAGAAGGUCGAUGAACUUUGUGAGCGUUACUCGCUUGAAGGUUUUUUGAAUGCCAAAAGUACGCCCUAACCUGAUAUUAAUAGUCUCUUU